GGCGGGCAGAGCAGUGCGUACAGCAGCAGGGCCGAGGCAGGACGGCAGGCUUGACGGCAGUGGGCACGCGGCGGCAGGACACUGCAGAACACGUACACGCCAGCACCCAGGAACUGCCAGGAACCAGGACGGGCCAGGAGGACCGGCCGACGCACAGCGACCAAGGAGGACGCCCACGCCCGACGUGAACUCCCGGCCUAGAGAAGCAUCACCAUGGCUCCCCGCUUCAGCAGCAGGAAGGUGGUGGUGAUGGUCGUGGUCGUCGUCAUGCUGGCGGUGCUGCCCGCAGUUUCGGCCAUCCAGUGCUACACGUGCCACUCGAUGGAGGACGACUACUGCAGCGACCUGAAGGCGAACGAGACCGCCUCGAAGGCGUUCCUGCGCGACUGCGCCGACGCCAACAUCCCGGACAACGCCACGGCCUUCUGCAGAAAGACCAUCCAGACGACCCUCGUGGACGGCACGCGGCGCGUCAUUCGGCGCUGCGGCUACAUCAAGAACCCCAAGGAUUGCUACCACUACGACGACUCGGACCACGCCGAGGUGCAGUGCCAGUGCUUCGAGGACGCGUGCAACGCGGCGCGAGGGCUGCAGGGCGCCGCCUCCGCCAGGGCCUUGGUGGCCUCGGCCGCGGCCGUGCUGUUGCUCUUGGCGCGCUGAACGCGGCCAGGCCCG